UUACUCUUAUUGAAUCUAAAAAACUGCUUCAAUUUUUCUUGGAUAGUCUUAUUUUCCUUAUCCUUUGAACUCAUUUCGUAUUACACGGUAUUCAUUAAUUAAUUAUUAAUAUGUUUAACAGUCUAGGUGUUUAACUUAUUAUUUAUCUAUGCCUAUUAUUGCCAUUCUCAUUAUCAUAGAUACUCAUUAUCAAUAACCAUAGAUAAUCAAUAACUGUCUUUGAUCAUAGAUCUUUGAUACUGACCAUAGAUACUGACUAACCAAAAGUCUAUGCAAAAAAACAAUCAUACCAUAGUUAAACCUAAUAUAUAGUGUAUAGACUGUGACCAUUAUCUAUGGUGACCAUACUUACAAUUAGAAAUAUUGACCCUUUGUGUAUCUAUUAUCUACCAUUAGAAGUAAGGUUAUGUAGUAUAAGAUCAAUUUUUUGUUUACAUUUAUCAUGAAGUACCUACUUUAAAUAUUUUUCGAUUGUUGAAGUUAAUUUUUAUUUGAUAAUUGAUUUUAAACAAGAAAUUAAGUUGAUAAUAUGAACAAGGAUGAUGUCAUUUACUCAUUAUCUUUAAUAUUUUGCAUACUGUUUGGCUAUAUUUAUAGGAACAUUAAUAAUAAAGAAUUCAAGAAAUGGAUAGGAACAAUUUUGGGAUUAUUUCUGAUGGUCGUUUUAGGAGGUUACCAUACUUUACACCUUUUUGUUGUAUGCAUUGGGAAUAUAUUCAUUCUAUUUCAUAAUAAGAAAAAAUGUCAUCUUUUAAGCUUCCUGUUUUCUUUUACUUAUCUUCUGUUUUUUCGAACAACUGUAUACUUUGGUAUUCCUUAUCCCCCAGCUCAUAUGAAUAUGAUUCAAAUGAUGUUUACAUUAAAGAUGGUAGGAUUAGCUCUUGAUUUGGAGAAUUGUACUUUAGCAAUGGGAGAUUAUGACAAUAAAACUGAUGAGCAAAAGGCAGAAAUUAUCUACAGCUAUUUUAAUUUGACUGUGGCAGAUGUAUUUCAUUACAGUUUGAAUUAUAUUGGUAUAGUUACAGGACCAUACUUUCGAUAUAGAACAUUCCUAGAUUAUAUAGAUCUUCCAUUUUCCAAGUAUGCCAAUUGUGAGAAACAUACUUUAAAGAAACUCAGAAUCUUCCCUUUAAUUGCAGUGAUAUUUUUAUUUCUUUCUUACUAUUGGCCUAUUUCUUAUUGUACCACAGAAGAAUUUUUUCAACACCGUUCAUGGUCAUACCGUUUUUGGUACAUGUGGGUAAUUUUUUAUUUCUAUCGAAUGAGAAUUUACUGCGGUUUAAUUUUAACAGAAUGCAUUUGCAUAAUGGCAGGAUUGGGGGCCUAUCCGGAAAUCACAAGGCCGAGAUCAGGCCAUGGGCCAACGGAUAAUUUUCAAACGAUUUAUCAAAUAGCGAAAGAUACUUCGUUAUUAUCGAAGACAGAGUUUAAUUUCGAGACUGUAAAUAAUAUUGAUCCAGUUGAAGUGGAUUUUUGCAUAACUGUCAGAGCGGCGAUGAAACACUGGAACACAUGUAUACAAUAUUGGUUAGCCGUUAACGUUUACAAGUGUUUCCCCUAUAAAAAGUUUCGCACUUUUGCCACCCUGUUUGUUUCGGCUUACUGGCAUGGUUUAUAUUUGGGUCACUACGUUUGCAUUUGGAGCAUGGCAUUUUAUUUGCCGAUAGAAGAUUUAUAUGUAAACCUUUACCUAAAAGACAAUUCUGAACCAUAUUUAAAAUUUUGGAAAUGGUUCAUUUGGUAUAUGAAAAUGCAAACUUUUGGAUAUUUGUGUGUUGCAAUGCAGUUGCUUACAUACGAAAAUGUAAUGCGCUAUUACAAUUCCAUGGACCAUUUUUGGAUAGUAGCAUUAACCAUUUUAUACCUUAUCGGCCUUGGAAUAAAAUUUAAAAGAAGAGUACAAACUGCAAUUGUAGAUGAAUAAAAUGAUGAUCUGACUUUAGAAAAAAGUUAAAUGAUAUUAUUGUUGUGAUAAAAAUACAAUAGCAGGGAACUAUGUAAUAACUUAUUUUAAUGUCAUAUUGAAUAUUGUAUUAUUAUGUGGAAGCAAUAUAAAAAUAACUCUGGAAUUAUUUAAUAAUUUAGGGGUAGAACAUAUUUAUAUUCAAAUAUCUUCAAAGCGAUAGGGUGGAAUUUAUUAUGGUUACCAUGUUGGUACGUACCAACAAAAUAGUGUAAAUUUCUAAAAUUUGAGAUAUCUGUGACGUAAUCAAAAAAAUGUUUCUGGCAUACAAAGAAAAAAUGAUAACAGUCGAAAGCAUGUAUUACACGACAAUCUUAUUUAUCCCAUGGCCUUUACACGCUAAUUCGCUCUCCUAGGCAAUAGAUGUCACUACUACGACAAAUUAUAAACGAAGUUUAUUUAACUAUUGUUACAUGAUUGUUACCAAUCGCGCUGAGCUAAUAUAUGAAUUCCAUAGAGAACAACCAAAGCUUACUCUACGCCUUAUAUGUUGUUUUGCACAUACAACUGUUCUGUAAGUCCAAGGCCAACGUCGAUAAACUUGUUUACGACGAUAAAAGGGGCCACUACGUAAUCCAUGGUAAUGCCUUCUUUUCGUGGUCGCAUAAAAGUACGAUUUUGUUUGCCUAGUUGCCUAUAAUUGUGAUCAUAAUUGAAAUCUGAUCGUCAAUAGGCAGGCAAUACUUCGGCUUGUGCAUUUGUAUGGUUUUGGUAUCUAAUUUUUAUUGCUAUAUAAGCUCAACUGAAAUAUUAACCACAUGUCGCGAUGACAACACACGUGUUAAGCAAGCUAACAAAGCGCGAUGUUUACUCAAUUUCAAGCGCGCUUCUAUUUUUGUAUACCGCAUGUACGAGAACAAUGAUAGAAUUAUAAAAGUUGUUUUAAUUAAAGUCAAUGAACAUCAAGUUCAGCAGGAAAACGAAAUAAAGGUUUUCUUUCGUAUUAAAUACUUCUAUUUUUAUUAAUUUUCUACCAUUUAUUAUACUAUAUUAGCAAGUAAUGUUUUUAUAUAUAUUUAAAAAAAUCGCGUUAUAAUUUACCUAUACUUUAUUUAAUACCUAUUUAAUCGAUAUAUAAUGUACAUUGCACAUGUUGCUAAUUAAAAAAUAAGUUUUGCACAUUAUUUUCUGAUAUGAACUACAUAAUGCAGUCCCUCGCAACUCCCAACAAUGCUAUUUGAAAUAUUGAAGCGUCAUGUUUUAAUAUAAUCAUUGCAACAAAGAUCGCAGUGGCCGACGUUGUUAACGGCGCGUGACGUCAACUUGGUGGGUUGUUUUGAGCACAGCAAGCUAUAGAUCGAAUUUAUUCCCCAAGUGUAUAUAUAUAGGACGUACCGAAAAUUAUGAACCAACAUUUACAUACAGGUUUUUAUGAUAAUAAGAAAAAACAGUUUUCAUUAACUGCUUCAAAAUUGAUAUAAAACAUGUACGUAAUAACCUGCACAAAACCUCUAAGUUUAAAAUGUUUUGUGUUAUUGUACGAUUUUAAAUUUUGAGAAUACUGUACUAAGAAAAUAAGUAUUUUAUAUGUAAGCAUAAUAAAUUCAUGUGCCAAUAAAAUCAUGAGCACAUUUUAAAUAGAAAUUCGACUUGAAGGGAAACACCAAAAAUCAUAUUGCCUGAUAAUGUUUUUUUUAAGCGUCUACCUAUUAUAGGUAUCUAUUUACUCGUAGAAGUAUGGUAAGCUAAAAUUCCAUCAAAACUAACCCAUGUAACAAGCCGCGGUUGCUUACUACACAGAAAAGAGAAAACCUCCAAGUUUAUAGCCAAGGUUAUGUUAUAUAGCAUAGCUAAGGUGGACUUUUAGUCACCUGCUGAUUGAAUUUUUAUGUGGAACUGUUUCUAGUUCGCCUAUCCGCUUUUAUACAUAUGUAUAUUUUAUCAGAGAACGAAGGCAAACUUUACAAACACGACUCGUAUAAAGUAGAUUUUUCGAUAGUUUUAAAUGUUUUUAAAGCGAUUAUCUAAAAAUAAAGCAACCGAAUGUACAGUCCUACACAUAAAUAAAGUUAACACAUUUGAUUAGGUGUCACUAAGUAUUUUUUUUCAAACAUCUACUUCAUUUGUUAAUUCAAAAAUAAUUGAACUGAAAUUUCUUCAGCAAUAGCAUUACGAAAUUUUACGAUUUUAACACAUUUUUAUAAAUAAAACUUUAAUUUCCUAUCACAAAAUAUCGUUUAAACAUCUUAACUAAGUAAUUAAAAAAAAGAAUACGGAAAUUUCCUAAGAAUUGACGAUAUAAAAUU